GGUAUUUCAGAUUUAGGGGGAUUUUGGGAUCUGGGAUUGGGUGUAGCAGAGAGAAGGGAGGAAAACCAUACCUGUGAUGGUGAUGGUGAUGGUGAUGGCGAUGGCGCUGCUGGAAAUGGUGUUGGCGGUGGCUGUGGCAGUGUUGUGGUGGUGGUUCUAACAUGCUGUGGUAGAAGGAGAGGAGAGUGGGCGAUGGCUGCGGGUUUGGAUAUUGGUAUUGGGAUUUUAAUUGAAAAUUAA